UCCCUCUGGAAUAUGAAGGAGAGCCUCAUGAGUGUGUAGCAGACUCUUUGAUUUUUUCCAAAUUAAGACCGGAUUUGGAAAGUGAGCCUCUCAACUCUGGACUAGUACUUUUUGUAGACGGAUCUAGUCACAAUUUCAAUAACAAAACUUGCGCUGGAUUUAGUGUGGUAAAAUUUGUUGAACCAUCUACAUUCAUAGUAGAGAAAUGCGUGCCUUGUAAACAACCUUGCUCUGCACAAUUGGCUGAAUUAAAGGCCCUCACGGAGGCCUGCUUAAUGGCAACUGAUCAGGAGGCUACUAUUUAUACCGAUAGCUCAUACGCACACAAUGUUUGUCAUGUACAUGGGGCUCAAUGGAAGCAGCGUGGGUUUAGGAAAUCAGAUGGGUCGCCUAUUCAGCAUUUAGGCCAAAUUCAGCUGUUACUUUCCGCAAUGAUGACACCUAAGCGAUUGGCGAUUUGCAAAUGUCGUGCACACAAAAAAGGUGAUGACUUGGUUACACAGGGUAAUGCACAGGCGGACGAAGCAGCCAAGGAAGCGGCUCUCCAAGCAAGAGAUGUGGUCUCUUCUGAUGUACAAGGCUAUGUACAUGUUUUAGCAGAUCAAAUGAAAGAUUGCAUGUCUUUAUCUACAGGUCGGCAGCUGUCUAACUUUUCUAAAACUCUCUCUCCACAGGAAUGUCAGGAUAUUGUUGUGUGCCCAGUCAAGUGCCCUUAUGAGGACACUACUGGUUGUAAAUGGUGUAGUCUGACUAACGUUCCUGGUCAUUAUCAUUUUCAGGAACCGUUGUGCUGUGCGUUAUGUCAGAGAGAAGGUUGCCCAGAAUGUUGGAAUCGUGUGUGUGAACCAGUUUGUGUUGACUCUGGACUAGGUCAGCUCCCUGUGAAUGUGUUAGAGCCCAAGCCGGCUCUGGAUGAUGUCAUCCGUCUUCAACAGGUGGCGACUGCAGCUGAAAAAACUGUGUGGGAGGAGAGAGGUGCAAUGCUGGGACCAGAUGGGGUAUGGCGUAAUCAUGAAGGUCGUAUGAUUGCUCCUUUAACCUUGCUUAACAUGCUCAUUUCAGAUGCUCAUGAUUUGGACCAUGCAGCUGGAGGAGAGGUGAAGAGAAAAAUCCUAAAAGCAGGAUUUUGGUCACCUAACCUCAAAGAAGUAAUUGAUCAUGUUUUACAGAACUGCCAUACUUGCAGUAUUCAUAACAUCCGCAAAGGAAUACCUACAAGUCCCCUUGGAGGAGUUCCAGUGCCGGAAGGACCUUUCAAACAUGUUGUCAUUGACUACAUUGAUAUGAUUAAACCUGUAAAGCGUUACCGUUACGUGUUGACUGUGAUCUGCAGGUUUUCCAGGUGGUUGGAGGCAUGUGAAAGUCCUGAACAGAAUGAAGCAACAGUGAUUAAAUUCUUUACAAGGGACCUGAUUCCAAGGUUUGGCGUCCCUGAGGUCGUGGCCGCAGAUAACGCUCGAGCGUUCAACGCUAAAACAUGGUCCAAAAUUGCACAAGCAUUGGGUAUUAAACAGAAGUUUGGCAGUGUCUACCAUCCCCAGAGUCAGGGAAUGGUAGAAAGGGCGAAUGGUACGUUGAAAAACAAAAUUGCCAAAAUCUGUGCUAGUACCAGCUUAAACUGGUUGGAUGCUUUGCCUGUUGCAUUAAUGCAGAUGCGUUCACAGGAAAACCGAAUCACACACUUGUCUCCUGCAGAGAUGCUUUUCGGGCGACCUAUGCCGGCACCGCGGAUACGCGGUACGGGGAGAGGUCCGCCAUUGGACCAGCUGAAGCUGGAGAUAAAACAUUAUCUGGAACAAUUGACUAACAUUCAUUCUUUGAUUCAUGAACAGGAAGUGAGACGAGAGAAGCACAAGGAUGUCGAAAAGGAGAAACCGGUGCAUGUGGGGGAUUGGGUGUACAUUAAAGUGGCUAAACGAACUUGUUUACAGCCUCGAGCAGAAGGCCCGUAUGAAGUCAUCCAGGCUACCCCAACUGCUGUCCGUGUUAAAGGGUCAAAAACGUGGUAUCAUUUGAAUUUAUGUUUCAGGGCACCGGUUCCUCGAAGGGAGGACCCAGUUGACGUUCCAGAUCCAUCCGGAGUGACAAUAUCCAACGGUCGGUUGCAUAAUGGCAACCAGACAGAAUCGAGCUCGCCCCCUAGGGAGGGAGAGCACAAUUCAGGUCAUCAAGAUGGAAGGUUGGAUGAAGGUGUUCGGAGUCCUGGGGGCGUUGGUGGUAGUGGCAUGCCUGUUCCUGCUGUUUCCCCUUCUCUCACUCCAAAUAGAGAAGUGGAUGAUGGAGAGGCAGAGGUUGGAGUCGCAGGUGAGGCUGGAGCAACAGGUGGUGAGUCAAAUAAAGCCACCUGUCACUCAACCGGGGCCGAAAGCGAGACCACCAUGCCAUCACAAUGUGGUGAACCAGGAGGAGACCAUGCCUCCUCAGCGGAAGUCUUUGUUCCCGAGGCCGGAGGUGAUUCUGCAACCACCCUCGUCCAUCCAUGGAUCACAGGUCUGUUUGUUCAAACUUUAGACAUCGGAGCCCGCCGGAGGAGGAGAGAGCUUCCUGCAAAUAUUGAUGUGGAUGUACCGGAGGAGGCAGAAGGCAACAGUUGGUAUGAAUGGGCCAAGUACACCGCAGGGUCAUAUCCUUCCAAGGAUGAGUGCUAUGUGUGUGCUCAGGCAAGACCACCCAUGAUCAUUAUCCCUACUCCCUACAGGUAUGAGGAUGCUGUGUUAUAUUACGAUAAAGUCUGUAAAGAGUGUUCCCCAGAGAAGGAUGUUUGUAGGUAUGAAUUGGAAAGUGUGAAAAAGUGUGUAGAGGACCAACCUGUCAGCCCUUUUGAAUGCGUAAUAAGUUUAGGCACAAGGGAUUUCUUGGACCGGCGUCGGCAGGAGGUGCGUACCAUCAGUCAUUAUGAGUCUUUUAAGACCAAUACCUGCGGCGAACUGCAAAAGUGGCCGGAAUCUGCACCUGAGAUCAUACCUAGAUAUUUAAUUGGAAAAGGUGUCGAUUUUGAUUGUUUCUCACGUGAUGGUACAGAAGAUUUGGGUAAGUUUCCUGGGGAAUGUAAAACUAUUUGGGAUAUUAGUAAGUAUUAUCGAAACAUGCAAAUUAUGACUUACACUGAUGAUGAACGACGCCUAAUGGCUGCUAAAUAUCGUUCUAAGGCCUUUGUAUAUCCCUGGGCCAUGCUUAGUCAUCAAAAUGUCUCUUUAGCUGACGUGUGGUGGGCGUGUGGACCUAAGUAUGGUCUCCGCAAUACUCUACCUAAGGACUGGGGUGGUCUAUGUGCCAGGGUUGCUGCUAUGCAGGAUUCUGCGGUCUUGUCUGUUGUACCAAAUAGCACUCUAACCAAUGAUUUUCCCUCUGGCAACAAGGUGGGAGGAUCUAGGAAGGCCCGAUCUGUCAUUCAACCAUACAAACCCGACCCACAGGUGUACUUGGAUCCAAUCGGCCAGCCUCGCGGUAUUCCACCACAAUAUAAGAUACGCAGCGAGGUCGCAGCAGGGUUCGAGGCUCUCAUUCCUACAAUCGGAGUAUCCAAAUUAUGGGAGGUAUCUAAUUAUCUGUACUAUAAUCAACAGCGGUUUCUGAAUUACUCCAUUAAGGCACUAGGAGCACUAGGACAACAAUUAGAUGCAACUUCCAAGACAGCCCGUGAUAAUCGAUUGGCACUUGAUUUUUUGUUAGCUGAGCAGGGAGGCUUAUGUGCUAUGAUAGGUUCAUCAUGUUGCACUUUUAUACCGAUGAAUACAGCAGAAAAUGGAUCAUUCUCUGCGGCUAUGAAGCAACUCCAAGAUUUGAGCGUUGAGCUGUCUGUUAACAGCGGACGAGAUGCGUGGCUGGACCAGUCUAUAGAUCAUUGGAUAAAAACAACCUUGGGCCCUUUAGGUGCAGUGUUUGCAAAAGCUGCUGUCUUGGUUGGUGGUGUGCUGUUGGUUGUGUCUCUUUUGUUUUGUUGUCUGGUCCCCUGUCUUAGGUCCCUAGUUGUCAAAAUAUCGGCACGACAGUUAAGCACGCAGAUGGCCCUACAAGGAGUGGUGGAGGUGGACGAGGAUGAGGAGGACCUCAUCGGAGUGAAAGCAACGGCACCACUGGCAUCGGAGGAGUUCCUCCAACAUGCUGCUCUGGAAAUUCUGGGGCCUCAGGUGUUUCGCGCAGCUGCUCCCUCCAAGGGAGGGAAAUAGCAGUUUUCCAGGAGUAAAUUUCCAGGGGAUAUCGUUCAUCUCCCCUGCCCAGGCAAAAAUGGUCUCAACAUGAAGGAAUGAACUGUGAGCUGAAAGGAAAAGACCAUAGGAGACAGGCCACGUCGAGGUGCUGGUAACCUCGGUCUUGUUCUCAGCUCUUUUGAGGGCAAUUGCCCGGGAGCAGUGGAAGCCUGGCAGGGGGGAAUUUGAGAUGCGGAAAGGACGACGCCAAGGAGCCGAGCAGACGGGGACCACGACAGUUUCCCGUGUGUUGAUUUUAAUGAUGCAUUGUUGUUGUCUUGCAGGAAAACACAGACACACAUUCUACAGUAAAAAUACACAUAUGCUGCACUCAACAUUUAUGGUAAUCACAUAUUGAUGUUAAUUACCCAUCCCAUUUGCUGCCUAACAUGCACCCAUACAUCUGUUUCCACAUAAAAAGGAGAGUUUUUCAGGUUUGUGAAGAUUAAAAAGAAGAUUUGAUGUUUGAAUAAGAUGAAACUUAAAAGUAAGGUUAAUGCAUGAUUUUGUAUGUUGAUAGAAUGGUUUGAUGUAACUUAAGUUUGAUACAGGAUAAGCACUGUUUCUAUUUACCUUGGUAAGGAGUUAGACUUUACUGAUGAUAACGUGUGAUUAAAAUUGAAAGUAUUUGAGAUGUGAAGUGUAUUGUGAACUCUUGUGUGGGAGUGCCCCACCGGGAUAUUUGUAAAACACAUUAUUGUCACUUGGCCUUCGGUGUUACAAAUUCAGGGUGAAUCUGUAAAGGGAGGAUUAUGUGGAAGAUUUUAUAUAUCCAAUAAUGUGUAAUUAAAGAUUUUAUAGAAGUGUAGAGUAGUUAAAAGUUGUGUGUGGUCAGCAGAUGGACUGUAGCUUACAGGAGACGGUAAGUCUGCUGCUGGUCUAAAAGUGUUGGUCCUAGGCAGUGUCAUGACCUUAUUAGGCUGUCCAGUGUUGAGUCAGCAGAAGAAGAAGUCUCUCUGAAAAGUGUAGUGUGUAAGUUUACCAGGUUAGGAUUCCAUGUAAGGAAGUCAGAUAAGUGGUAGCAUGUGGUAUAAGAACACUAGGGAUUCUUUGAGAUUCAGAGCUAACACGUAGGACGCCGAAGGCCUGCUCUCGCUGUACUGGGUGUGACUGAGAAAUAAAGACUCCACGACAACUUG